GCAUUGAAGAGUCUGGACCUCUCAGCAUUUCACAGGUGAAUCUGACGAGCAACCAUGAAGGCUGUAGCUCUGAUCCUCGCUCUGGCAGUCAUCGCCGGCUGCAGUGCCCGUUCUGUGCGCCAGGCUGAGCCCACCCUGAUCCGAUUCGAGGACCAUGUGGAUCUCUUCUGGCAGCACAUCUCUGAUCUCAACCAGAAAGCUGAUGAUGCCUUGGGGAACCUCAAGGUCCCUCAGCUCAGCCAGGAGCUUGACACUCUGAUCACCAACACCAUGGCAGAGCUGACAAAAUACAAAGCUGAGGUCCAGGCCAAGCUGGGCCCUCACGCCGUCAGCUCCACCAACCAGCUGUCUGAGGACCUGCAGCUUCUGACCAACAAGCUGCAGAAAGACAUGACUGACGCCAAGGAGCGUAGCACCGAGUACCUGACUGAGCUCAAGUCCAUGGUGGAUCAGAAUAUGGAUGAUGUCCACAGCCGCAUCAGCACCUACACCAACAAGCUGAAGCAGCGCCUGACCAAAGACACCGAAGAGAUCAGAGAUACCGCGGCCACGUACCUGAGCGAGCUGCAGUCCCGGGCCGCCCAGAACCUGGAGACCGUGAAGGGGAACGUCGAGCCCCACGUCCAGGAGGCCACCGAUGUUGCCACCCAGAAGCUGAGAGACAUCUCCACGAGGCUGGAGACGGGGGCCGAGAACUUCAAGACCCAGCUGGAGAGCAGCUUGAAGGAGCUGAGCACAACCAUGGACGGCAAGCUGGAGGAGCUGACGAAGGUGCUCUCCCCGUACGCCACCCAGAUCCGCGAGCAGUUCGAGACCAUCCUGGAAAAGGUCAAAGAGWCCGCCUCUGCUUAAAGAAAGACUUAAUUUUAAAGGAUGAGAGAAGCUAAAUAAAUGAGUGAAUUAGUUGUUUGUUUGUAUCAUGAAAAAGAAAGAGCGGGGUGUGAAACUGCUGCAUAUUUUAGGCUUUUGUGUUCAGGAUAAAGAGGAUUAAAUGGGGGAGGGGGGGUAUUUUUCUUUAUUAACUCUUGAUCACUGAACACAGGCACCUCAGCCGAUCAGUUUGUAUUACUCAUGCUUUGCUUUUACCACUUCGAAUUAAAUAAUCUACCAUUUUAUCCCCAUACAUUUUGCAUUUGAUGUUUUCUACAUUUUGCUGCUGGGUUUGAAUGCAACAAAACAAAACUGUCUUUCAUUUCAAUCAAUGCACUGAGUAAUGUUGCAACCACAUACAAGCAAAUGUCCACUAGUUUCAUGCGUGAGACUGAACUACUUGAGUUUUGUCUGUUAGUCUUGUGUUGUAGCCUACUUCUUGAGAAAAAAGAAAAUGAAUAMAAACUGACUUGGUGAAAAUAUGAACAAAGUGCAACACUGUCUUGUUUGUUGUCCAAACUGAGCCGAAUUUUUCACGUUAUGCCCACCAUGCUGCUCUGUGCAUAUACACCCCCUGUUUUUGUUUGUGCUGAGUGAAUAAAAAGAUAAAUAGAAAAAAAAACAACA